UUCACAUCCUCAUCAAGCUCUCCAUCCUGAGUUUCCCUCUAAGCACCCUCUUCUCUCCUUGCUUCCCCAGAACCAAAUGCCUCUAGAAGAAGAGAAGCCGAAGAAGCUCGACCACGAUGAUGCCCGGGACAUGGUCUCGGCGAUCGUGGGCCGGAUCUUUAAACUCCAAAGGCCUGGCUCGAGCCAGAUGUCUGAGGGGGACGAUGACAGUGGCACGGGGAUUGUCACGCUGGCGGGGAACAACAUCGGCGCCACCCUGAAGGGCGAGAUGGAUCAGAAGUCAGGUGAUUCUGAUGACGAGCUUGAUGCGAUGAUCACACACGUGAACAGCAACUUCCAGGCCGUGAACAACUCGAUCAUGAUGGGCGGGAGCUACACGACCAAUGACCCCGGUGUGCAUUUAGAAGUGUGUGACUUUUUUGAGCACCGUGGAAAGGACCACCACAAGUCAGAGAAGCACGGCAAGAAGGAGAAGAAGAAGAAGAAGAAGAAGAAGGACCAGGAAAGUGGGAAGAGUGACGAGCACACUGAGCACUCUGCUGAGGACAGUAAAUGAGCGCAUCCAAGUUUGUCUGUUUCUCUGGACACCCUUAAAAUCACAGAAAAAAAGGGAAAAAAAGAAGAAACACAGUUCGGUGAAAGAGAUCCCUGAUAAUAAUCCCUGUCUCUCUCUACGCGUUCCACUGCCUUAUUGCUAGUUGCUGCUGUUUUCUAUGCCGAAUAAGCUUUCUUGUAACCAUGACGGAGCUUUGUUUUGAAGUUACCGUGUGUUUAUCCAAUGGAGUGUAGAAUCACUUCCGUGUCCCUGACUCAA